AAGGAACGAAACGUAAAAACAUGAGAUCAUGAAUUCAUAUUACAGAAUUCCAAAAGAUUUUCUUCAAAUGCACGAAUCUUGACGGACAAACUUAUCUAAAAUCAUGGGGUGUAGCGUAACUAGAAUUAUCUCUACACAUUUCCUUGAAAGAUACCCUCCCCUAGCAGCAUAGUUAAUAAUAUUGUACGGCGUGAAAAAUAUUUGAAUUUAUAUAUUGGGUUUGACCAUAUUCAUUGGUUUGGAGAUGGCAAGCAGAUUGGGUACAAGCAAUAGUAUGUAACAGGAAGGGAGAAAAUGCAACGGACCAGACUGGGAUUCGAACCCGGGCCCCCUGAAUCUCUAGUCAGGUGCUCUACCAACUGAGCUAACUGGCCACCGGCGAUCGAACCCGGCUGACCGCUACAAGUUUGGUGAAAUCGCAAUAAGUGGCUCUAUGUGCAAGUGGACCUGAAGUGAAAUCUGAUGACAUCAGAAGUUGCCUAUAGAAGGCUAAAUGUUGGAAUUGCUCUGCCAACAUAAGGUUAAAGUCUUCCUCCUUUACAUCAUAAUGGCCGCCCUGAUUGCUAACUUGAUAGGAAUAGUGUCCCGAAUAUUGACGUCAGGCAAAAAUCCCCCGACUGGCACUCAUUCCAGCAGAUCUAGCAAAUACAAUUUGCCAUAUCCCCGGACACCGCAUAUGGUUUUAGAAAAUGAUGUCAUACAAGGGCGAAGAGUCUUAAUUAUCGGCGAUGUGCAUGGUUGCCUUGAAGAAUUAAAGGAAUUGUUGGAGGAAGCUAAAUCUCGGUGUGCGAAUCACGAGAUACUUCCAGUUUUCGUGGGUGAUCUUUUGUCUAAAGGUCCGUAUCCCUUAGAAACGAUGGCAGGACUACAUGACAUACAACAUUUCGCUGUGCGUGGAAAUCACGACGAGGCAGUACUGAAGCAAGCCCUACUUUAUAAACAGUCGGAGAAUUACAAAUUUCCACCAAAGUAUGAAUGGGUCCAGAAGCUUUCUGAUCGAGAUAUCGCGUAUCUUCGGGAACUUCCGUAUACAAUCGCCAUUCCGAGUUUGAAUGUCGUAAUCGUUCAUGCGGGACUGAUUCCUGGGACUGCCUUGGCAGAACAGAACUUAACUAACAUGAUCAUAAUGCGAAACAUUCGAAAAUCUGAUGACGGAACAUUCACUGCUGCUGAACUUGCAAACGAGGGAAAGGCCUGGGCGUCAUUUUGGUCGGGUCCUGACCACGUGUACUUCGGUCAUGAUGCUGUUCGACAGUUGCAGGAACAUGCGCACGCCACGGGACUUGACACUGGUUGUGUAUACGGAUACAGACUGACCGGUGUACUUGUUUCGGAGGAGAAGAAGGAAUUCAUUCAUAUCAAAGCGAAACGCGUCUACAAACAAACUUAAUACAUUAAAUGACAAGCCUUUAAAA